AUGGCUUCAGCCUCAAUCAUCAAACAAGGAGUCGUACCCGGUUUACACGUCGCUCCGACGUUGGCUGACCUGAAGCAGUCAUCCAUCUUAUACAAUCAGCUUCCAUCCGACGAAGCGCAACCACCGCUUCUUCGUAAUCAUUCCCAAGAAAUUCGAGACAUUUUGAUACGUCAUAAUGUCCAGGACAAAAUCGGCAUCCAUCUCAUCCAUGGGCAUUUUGAAAUUCCGAGUGAUCAGGUAAUGCUAGGACAUUAUUUUGAGAGCCCCGCAGGCUGUUGGACAAAGCCUGUCCCUAUUGAAGAGGUUGACACUUCUAAUAUCCACGGUCAUAUUUUCAAGCUGUCUAAGGACGGAAAACUUGUGGCUUAUGAGUACCGGGAAGGCCUGCCGACCGAUGUUAGCGAAAUUGAUCCGUGUUUCUUUGAGGAAGUCUUCAAGUACCUCCUUGAUCAUGACCUGACGGACACAUUCGGGCUGCAAGCAUUACGUGGGCAGAAUUCGCCAAUGAUAGAGCUUGUGCUGGGAAAUGCUGGAACAGUGAUGCUUGAUGAGGCCCAUGCCCAAUAUGGAAAAGUCUACAGAACCACUGGAUGGUGCGUUGGUCAUGGACGCGAGAGUGAGGGCUUGGAAGAUGGUGAGAAGCACGCUCAGACUACGAAGGGUACUCACAGAGUCUUCGUUGACGAAAUUCCCCUCUCUACUAUCGGAGAUCUGAGACGCUUCCUCAAGAAAGAAGAAAUCAUCCUGUAG